GAAAAUGCUUAUCAACGUUUUAUGGAAUAUAGAUCAAGUAAAGGAACUUAUUCGUUUUCGGAAAAUGUGGUACUCGGAUAUUUUCUUGAUUUGUCGAAAAAGAUGAAACCCUCAACACUUUGGGCAAAUUACUCCAUGUUGAAGGCCACUCUUAUGUUAAAGCAAAAUGUAGACAUCACUUCAUAUAACAAACUGCGAGCAUAUUUGAAAAAGCAAUCCGUGGGUUACAAAGCAAAGAAGUCGAAAGUCUUCACCAACGAACAAAUCCGAGAAUUUAUGAUGAACGCUCCAGAUGAUACUUACCUCAUGGCUAAAGUUGUGGUAAUUUUCGGAAUUUAUGGCGCCUGUCGGCGAGAGGAGUUAUGUAACAUAAAGCUUACGGACAUAGAGGAUUUGGGUUCACAACUACUGGUGAAGAUUCCAUGCAACAAAACCAAUAAACCACGGUCGUUUAUAGUAAACGACACUUAUUUAGGAACAUACCGAUUUAAGCAAGUAGUGGGGGUGCAUAAAUUUGCCAGCAUUCCACAAAUCGUUGCUAACUUUUUGAAACUGUCCGAUGCAAACCUUUACACGGGACCAUUGAGUUAG